AUGCUGACGUUUUGCCGUAGGGUGAACAUAUGCUUCCUACGACAAGCAUCAACUCUGCUUCUGGUGAGACCGGCUCCAAGGUGCUGUGUUGCAGAACAGGGAGCCUCUUCAGGAGACAUGAAGCUCUUGAUGUUGCCAAAGAGGUUCUACGCGGACAAAGGUAGACGUGGGAAAAGGAAAUUCGUUGACCCAGUGAUUGUUAAACAUACGAAGAGUACCAAGGAAGUCGUGGACGUCUACAGCGAUAUGACGGCUAAGGAGCUUGCUGAAGCGUUGAACGUGGAUCUGGACGCUGUCGUGGAAACGCUCAUCGAAAUGGACAAAAAUAAUCUCGAUUUAACAGCAGAUGAUAAAGCAUUAGAUAAAGAACAUAUAAUCAAGGCAGUUGCACUUUUCAAUUGCAAACCACGUCUUGUAUCUAGGCAGCGCAAGAAGAAUGAAUCAGACACUGACGACGUUUUACCGCAGCCCCCUCCGGACCCAUCAGAAUUAGUGAAUCGACCGCCUGUGGUUACUAUUAUGGGUCAUGUUGACCAUGGAAAAACCACGCUGCUUGAUGCCUUGAGGAAUAGUCAUAUUGUUGCUGGGGAAUUCGGUGGAAUCACACAACAUAUAGGAGCAUUCUCAGUAGAUUUGAAGGGAAUUGGUCGAAGAGUUACGUUUCUGGAUACACCUGGCCACGCAGCAUUUGCAGCUAUGCGCGCACGAGGGGCCAAAGGCGCUGAUAUUGUUGUACUGGUUGUGGCAGCUGAUGAUGGUGUCAAGGAACAAACCGUGCAAAGCAUAAAGUUGGUCGUUUUCUGUGUUCAUAUUAUGUAA